GCUCAUUCAGACCGUUGCAGUUUUCCACAGUUGUGUCGUUUUCUGUCUCGCGUGUGCUUCAUCUUUAAUUUUGGAGCAGGAAUUCCGUGUUUCCUGUGUUAAUUUCACCCGCAACCCCACGAAAACUCAGGAAAGAUGUCUGGACGAGGAAAGGGAGGAAAAGCAAAGGGCAAGGCCAAGUCUCGUUCUAGCCGUGCAGGACUGCAGUUCCCUGUUGGCAGAAUCCACCGCCUGCUUCGCAAGGGCAACUAUGCUGAACGUGUUGGUGCAGGCGCUCCUGUCUACCUUGCUGCGGUCAUGGAAUACUUGGCUGCUGAAGUUUUGGAAUUGGCUGGAAAUGCCGCGCGUGACAACAAGAAAUCCAGAAUCAUUCCUCGCCACCUCCAGUUGGCUAUCAGAAAUGACGAGGAACUGAACAAGCUGCUGUCGGGCGUCACAAUUGCCCAAGGCGGUGUCUUGCCAAACAUCCAAGCAGUUCUGCUUCCUAAGAAGACCUCGACUGGCCCUGCCAAGUCCGGCGGCGGCAAACAAGCCUCCCAGGACUUCUAGACUUUAGAUGUGUGUUGGUUUACUACUCGUUACGUAAAUUUAAAAUAUUCUGUCAGUUUUAAUCUCAAAGCUCAGGCUUAAAUUAUUGACUUUUAUUGUGAAUAAAUUAAUCGAACCAUUUCAAAACGGU